GUACUUCAAGGCUCCUGCGGGCACCAAGGCCCGGGUGAUCCGGGAGGUGAAGGCGGACUCCAUCGGCAAACUGGUGACCGUCCGCGGCAUUGUCACCCGUGUCUCCGAGGUGAAGCCUCGAAUGGUGGUUGCCACGUACAGCUGUGAUCAGUGUGGAGCAGAGACUUACCAGCCGAUCCAGUCCCCCACCUUCAUGCCUCUCUUGAUGUGCCCAAGUCGCGAAUGCCAGACCAACCGGGCUGGGGGGCGACUCUACCUACAAAGCCGCGGCUCCAAGUUCAUCAAAUACCAGGAGCUGAAGAUCCAGGAGCAUAGUGACCAGGUGCCAGUGGGCAAUUUGCCCCGCUCCGUCAACGUUAGCGUGCAAGGAGAGAACACGCGUCUAGUGCAGCCCGGCGACCACGUGAGCGUCACCGGCAUUUUCCUUCCUGUGCGACAGACUGGCUUUAGGCAGCUCCUGCAGGGGCUUCUCUCCGACACAUACUUGGAGGCCCACCACAUUGUCUGCGUGAGCAAAAGUGAGCAGGAGCAGCUGGGGGAAGAGGAGCUCACAGAGGAAGAGCUGCUCCAGAUUAUGGAGGAAGACUUCUAUGACAAGCUGGCCGCCUCGAUUGCCCCUGAGAUCUAUGGACACGAGGAUGUCAAGAAGGCGCUCCUGCUUCUGCUGGUGGGGGGUGUGGACCAGAACCCCCGGGGCAUGAGAAUACGUGGGAACAUCAACAUCUGCCUCAUGGGGGACCCUGGUGUGGCAAAGUCCCAGCUGCUCUCCUACAUCACACGCCUGGCACCACGCAGCCAGUACACGACCGGGCGCGGCUCCUCGGGAGUGGGGCUGACGGCGGCGGUGCUCCGGGACCCGCUGACGGGGGAGCUGACGCUGGAGGGCGGGGCGCUGGUGCUGGCCGACCAGGGCGUCUGCUGCAUCGACGAGUUCGACAAGAUGCUGGAGUCGGACCGCACGGCCAUCCACGAGGUGAUGGAGCAGCAGACCCUCUCCAUCGCCAAGGCGGGCAUCCUGACCACGCUGAAUGCCCGCUGUGCCAUCCUGGCGGCAGCCAAUCCUGCCUACGGCCGCUACAACCCCAAGCGCAGCCUGGAGCAUAACCUCCAGCUCCCGGCCGCCCUGCUCUCCCGCUUUGACCUGCUGUGGCUGAUCCAGGACCGGCCCGACCUCGACAACGACCUCCGGCUCGCCCAGCACAUCACUUAUGUGCACCAGCACAACCGGCAGCCGCCCAGCCAGUUCCAGCCACUGGACAUGGCCCUCGUGAGGCGCUACAUCGCCACGUGCAAGCGGAAGCAGCCGGCAGUGCCAGAAUCGCUGGCAGACUAUAUCACGGCGGCCUACGUGGAGAUGCGGAAGGAGGCCUGGGCCAACAAGGACACCACCUACACCUCCGCCCGCACCUUGCUGGGCAUCCUGCGGCUGGCUACGGCCCUGGCACGGCUGAGGCGCGUGGACCUGGUGGAGAAGGAGGAUGUCAACGAGGCCAUGCGCCUGAUGGAGAUGUCCAAGGACUCCCUUCUCACAGACAAGGGACAGCCAAGCAGAGCCCAGCAGCCCUCUGAGCUGAUCUUUGCAGCCAUCCGGGAAAUGCUUCCGGCAGGGGGAGUCCGCUCGGUCCGCCUGGCAGAGGCCGAACAGCGCUGCGUCUCCAAGGGCUUCACCCCUGCUCAGUUCCACACGGCACUGGAGGAUUACGAAGAACUGAACGUUUGGCAGGUGAACCAGCAGAAGACCCGCCUCACAUUUGUGUGAACACUCGGUGGAGAGGACCUCCCUGCUCUCUUCCACUUUUAGAAAUUUCAUCUGCUUUUUCCCCUGCAAUAAAGUUACACAGGG